GGGACGGGGACGGGGACGGGGACAACCCCCCUUCCUCCCCCGCCCCGCCGGGAGCCCCCAGAGACCGAGCCCCGUCUGCACCAUACGAUGCCGAAAAGGAAAUGCAAGUUCACGGAGGAGCUCCAGGCGAAAUAUCCCUGCUUCCGCCUGGGCCGGGAGAGGUGGGAGGUGGAGUGCUUGGUGUGCCAGGAGGGCACCUACGUCUCGGUGGCCAACAAAGACUCCCUCGACCUGGACGCCCACGUCCAGUCCGUGAAACACAAGAGGAACGUGUUGGGCGACAUCUCUGUGCCCCCGGUGCCGGAUUGCUUCCUCCCCGCCGACUGCCAGCCCUUCAAUGCCACCGCCGCUGCCACCACUGUCACCGAAUCCCCGUUGGGCUUCACUGCGCUCCAGGAUGGCUACGAGCCCUUGGCUGGCUCGCCCAAAACUCCCGAUCCCAUCUUCGACAUCCUGGGCUUGCAAAUCAAGACGGAGGUGAGGCUGGAUGGGGGGCUGACCCCCUUCCCCUCGCACCCCAGGGUGGACCCGCUGGACGGUGUCCCCUAUUGUGGGGUGUCCCUGGGUGUCUGCAAGGCAGGGACCCCCUUCCCCAUCCAGAUCCGCUCUUUUGACUGGAAGCGGGGUGGGGUGCAGAGCAGGGUGAUCGGUGUGGACUCCCCACCGGGUGAACUGACUCCCAGCGGCACCGCCUUGGCGUGGGAGGCCUUGGAGAGCCGUGGGCUGCGGCAACGCUGUGUGGCUUUGGUGGGCGAGAGCCCCAGCGCCAUGCUGGGGGGACUGGGGGGCUGCGGCCGAGGUCCGGUUGAGGCGUCCGGCUUGCGGGAGCUGCUGGAAGGAGUCUUCAUCGCCACCGACUGCCCCGUGCACCUCCUCAGCAACUGCAUGCAGCACGGGGCGGACAGCCUGGAGGUGGACCUGCACUCCCUGGUCUGGAAGAUUUACGCCUACAUCUCAGUCUACGCCGUCUGCGUCGAACUGCUCCAGGACUUCUUGCAGUCUGCCAAGAGGGAGUACCGGCGGCUGCUCCGCCACACCAGGAUGCCCUGGUUGCUCCUGCUGCCGGCCAUCACCCGCCUGCUGGAAGUCUUCCCGGCUUUGAAGUCCUCCUUCCUCUCCCUCAGCCACCCCUCUCUUCGCCAUCUGGACUUUUUUCGAGGACGACUUCAGUGAGAUCUACCUUCCGCACAUGGCUUCGCAGCUGGCUGUCUUUAACACCCACCUCAGGACCUUGGCGAGGGAGGACAACUCGCCCUGCGAGGUGCUGGCCGUCCUCUCCUCUCUCUGCCGCACCCUCCUGUAGCGCAAAGCCGAUGGCUUCAUGUCGCUGCGGGGGAAGGAGCUGCUGGCGGAGCAGCGGGCGGCCGGGGGGGUUGGAGAGUGCGACACCUUCUGCCACCACGUGCAGAACCUCUACCUGGCGUUCCUCGACUACCUGGACGCUUGGAUGGGGUCCUUUGGGGAGCUUUUCCAUUUCCAGUGGAUGGAGCUCCGGGCACCGCCAAGGUGGGCGGAGGUGGAGGGGGCGCAUCAAGUACCUGGCGGCCCACGGGGUCAUGGUGGACGAUAGCAAGUGCUUUGACCAGUUCUGCCACCUGACCGCCUUCUUGAAGGACUGCAGGAGCGGCAGCGACUUCAGCGCUCUGCAGACGCACCAGAAAUGGCUGCGGUUCUUCAGCAGCUCCUGCAGCCUGGCCAGCCGCUCGGAACUCCUCAGGAUGGCUCAGGUUUUCUUUGCCAGCCCCUCCUGCAGGGCUGAUUUUCCUCGGGGGCUUUUCCUGGUGUGAAGCCGGUGGGACCAGGCGUGGAUCUGUGGUCAGUGCUGCCGUGGCCGGGCUACCACGAAGCGUGUGGCCUGUCAAAAGACUUCUUUUUUUUUUUUGCAAUGAUAAACCUAUUAUUCCUAUUUUUGUACAUCGGCCCACCAGGGAGGAUUUGUUAACGAGGUUUUUAAAGGCUGUAGGCCGGUUGUGGGAGAGGUGGCUUUGCUCCUGUGGGAAUAAAUGACUGUCACG